AUGCAGAAGUAUGCCAAAUUUUUGAAGAACUUGCUCACUAAUAAGAGGAAGUGGGAAGAGGUCAACACGAUGGUUCUCAAUGGGAAUUGUUCUGCCAUCAUCAAUAAAAUAAUGCCGAUAAAAUUGAGAGAUCCUAGAAGCUUCAUAAUCUCAUGUUUGUUUGGUGAUGCCAUGGAAGAGAAUGCUCUCGCUGAUUCUAGUGCUAGCAUAAAUAUAAUACCAUACAUCAUAUACAUGAAGCUUGGAUUGGGAGAGUUGAGGUCGACAAUAAUGACCUUACAGUUGGCUGAUAGGUCAAUAAGGAGACUGCAUGGAAUUGCGGAAGAUAUGCUUGUAACUAUGGAAAAACUUGUCUUCCCCUUAGACUUUGUAAUUCUUGACAUAGAUGAGGAUGUAGAGACCCUACUCAUUCUUUGA